UUCAUCACCCAAAGCUCAUGAGUGUAAAUCUGGGAUUUGUUUGACGAAGAUGUACAGACCGUCAUCGAUCGAAACAUCUUAAAGCAUUUGUUCAACGUUAAUCUCCUCCAUCGCAAUAGGUGGGCAUGGCCUCGCACCCUCCUCACUGGCCAAUUAUGGGCGAGCUGCAUUUCUUCAACUCCACACCGCCGGUGCGUCAUCCUUCUACAACCGCCAAAAGGGCCGAGCGUAGCGGCGCGUGAACGGGAUCUCAACGGACCAAAGUGAUCCAUUGAAGAGAGGAAGACCUGCUCAGGCGAUAAAGAGCCUUUUAAACUGAGCUUUUAAACUAAGAGGAACCUGGACUGGAUUUGAGCCACGCAGUUGUCUCCAUACACAGGCUAAUAAUGAACGCAUGACUGUGCAUACUCCACUCAGACUGAAGAAUUUCUAAUGAAGGCAUUUCGCUCUGUUCAGUGGCCAUGGCAUAAUGAUUCAUCGAGGACUUCUCCACACUUGACCUUCUUAAUAGAAAGUAAAGAUGCAACUUUUCAGAGCGCUUAGGAUCAAUCACAGCCUGGUCGCAUCAUAGAUAUCAUCUGUUGCUGCAGCCGGUUUAAUUAAAAGCACAAACAGAUUACAAAGCUCUUCAAAUCACUGAGUGCAUUUAAUCUGGACUGACUGUAGCGUGAAUGUGCUUGGUGGAUUCAUUUAACUCUUCGUAUUGUCAUUUUAGCAGGGGAAAAUGGAAUGUCUAAUAUUGUCUAAUCGAAUAUCGUUUCUACGUGUCGGUUUCUGAGAGCUGUCAGUUGGAGAUGCCGCGUUUCUUCGCUUGCCGGUUCACUGUCCUCCCACUGAAGUAGACAUUUCGGCUCAGGUGUCGGAUAGUGUGGACGCCGCGGAGUCACGCUUCCAUCGAAUUUAUUGCUGUGGACGAUGAUGGUGGAGGACGAGGAGCUGGAUGCGCGUGCACUUGACCUGGACUCGGACUUAGAGCCGCGCAGCCGGCCGCGCUCGUGCACCUGGCCACUGCCGUGUCCUGAGGACUUCCCCGCGGCCGUAGAGCUCAACGGAGCUCCUUGUCCACUGCUGAAGACAGAAGCCGAGAUCGGCCCGCCGUGCAGAUCAGGGAGGAAGAGUGUGAACCCCGCCGAGGUGAAGCGCGAACCCGGAGCCACGCCGUUGCCAUGUCUGAGCGGCGCUGCACUCGAUGUCGCCGGGCAGCUGCGCAAAGCCAAGUCCUCACGACGCAACGCGUGGGGGAACCUAUCAUACGCGGACCUGAUCACCCGCGCCAUCGAGAGCACGCCCGAGAAAAGGCUCACCCUGUCGCAGAUAUACGAAUGGAUGGUGCGAUACGUACCUUAUUUCAAAGAUAAAGGAGACAGCAACAGCUCGGCCGGAUGGAAGAACUCUAUACGCCACAAUCUGUCACUCCACACCCGCUUCAUCAGGGUGCAGAACGAAGGCACGGGGAAGAGUUCCUGGUGGAUGCUGAACCCUGAAGGGAGUAAGGCUGGGAAAGCUCCCCGUCGACGUGCAGUCUCAAUGGACAACAGCACUAAGUACCUGAAGUGCAAAGGCCGUGUAAACCGCAAGAAGGUGGUAGGCAGAGCAGUGGUAGGCACAGUGGGGCAGGGAUUUCAUGGCUCCCCAGAGCAGGCUAGUCCAACAGGGAAGCCUGUCACAGGACCAACAGGUGUUGGGGAGGAGUUUGAGGCAUGGACUGAUCUCCACUCUCGGACUAGCUCUGCAGCCUCCACAUUGAGUCUGUCACCCAUUAUGGUAGAGGAGGAGUUAGAAAACCCAGAGGAGGGUAGGUUGUCCUGCUCCACUUCCCCACAUAUCUACCCCAGUCCCUCCAGCACUCGCUCGCCUGUGGCACAUUGUCCACCUGUGGAACUGCCACAGCUAGCGGACCUCACCGGAGCCAUCAGCUUGGAAGAAGGUUACCACCACCAACAGCCCUCAUGCCACAAGCGCCCUCCCUACCACUACAGCAGUGGGUCAAAAGUUCAGGGCUCCUACAGUAGCCCAGCCUAUGGACAAACAGGCAUGGGCAUGCUGUGCCAUCAAACACCAUUGCAGACUAUCCAGGAAAAUAAGGCCUCCAGCUUUUCUGGCAACAUGCAGACUUACUCAGGCACAAACACCCUGCAGAGUCUACUUACUGGAGGCUCACAGUACUGUGCUAAGGACAUGUUACUUGGCCAGGAACAUGAGCCCAUGAUGGUUCCUUCCAGCAGUAUGGUGGGCACUUGUCAUAACCAUAACUCUGGGCACACCCACAAUGGCACACAUGAUCAUAACCCUGCUCACAGCCACAACAGCACCCACAGUCUCAACCAAUCACACAGCCACAGCUCUGGUUCAAGCAUAACCAAUAACCCCACUCAUAGCCACAGCAUGAAUCAUAGCAUGAGUCACAGACUGGGCCAGAACCAUCAGCCUCAAAGCCAUGCUGUCCUUGCCCAACCCAUCAGUGGCCUAAUGCAGUCAUACAGCCAUAAAGCUCCAUACUUGUACAGUCCUCCAGCCCAUGCACACCUUCCUGCCUCAACCACACUGCCCCCAAACCCUGCUGGAAUGCAGGGCAUCUCUCAGGACUCUUGCCACCUAGCCACUGCCCCACACCCUCACCCCCGCUACAGCGCCACAUACCCAGGUCCACACCAGCAGGCAGUGGCUGAUGGACCAUACCAUCAAGCUCAGGGAAUGGGGGGAGGAGGCAGUGGUUACCAAGGGUACCACCAACCCCAACAUGGUUACCCUCAUGAGCGGCUACCAGCAGACCUAGAUCUGGACAUUUUUCAUGGCAGCUUGGACUGUGAUGUUGAGUCUGUUCUCCUCCAUGACAUGAUGGACUCAACAGAGGAGAUGGACUUUAAUUUUGACUGCUCUCUUGUGCAGGGGAUGGGUGUUGGGAUGGGCAUGGGCAUGAGCAUGGGACUUGCAGGCCCACAACAGAGCCACAGUAACCAGAGUUGGGUGCCUGGCUAAGAAGCAAUGCUUUCCUAUGAACAUUAUAAGAGAUCAAACUACCUUUAGGCCUGCUUAGAGCGGGGCGCACCGCUUCCUUUACAGGGAGAUGCACUGUGCGUGACAAAAAUCAAGAUGAAAAACCAUAGUUUCAGUUUCUAAGUUUUGUCUUACUCUGCCUGCUCAUCUCUGUUUCUUUUCUGAAAUGGCCCUCUUUUAGACUCUUUCUGCUUAAUGUUAACCCUUUGCUCUUGCCGAAUGAACCGUGAUGACAAUCUCAAUUGUGUUACCCAACAUUGCCUUCUUCUCCAGUCAAAACUAAAUGCUUGAGCACUUUAACUGCGUAAAACAAAUCCAUUUCUUACUCUGACAAUGUUGAGUUGUUGCCUGGAUGGCAGUAUCUGUAGCUGGCCUGUUUCAUUCAAUUAUGGGUCCAGUAUGCAGAAAAAAUUAACAGAUUUUUUUUAUUCAAAGAGGUUAUUCAGCUUGCAUAAUAAACCAAUUGAAAAGUCCAAAUUUUUCAACUGGGUGGAAUUUCUGAUAGUUAUUUUCUUGAACGACCUUAUGGACAUCUGUUGGAAUAAAAACAAUCAGGCAGUGAUUCCUAUUUUCUCCCCCCUCUUUCUCACUCUAAUUCUCUCAGUGAGAGAUGUUAGAACUCACUCACCUUUUUUUCUCACCGAUAGGUUCAGCUCCCCUGCCAGCCCAGACUGGCCCAUCAUCCUUCACUUGCCCAUUAACGGCUUGAUUGAAAUUCAGCGUCUUGUUUUUAAUCUCCAAAGUGAUGCUGCAGUGAUGCAUCAUUAUUGCAGAUUGAAUACCCCCCACCCCACCCACCCCAUCACUAGGUCUCGCUUCUCUCUCACAUAUGUUGAGUGAUGGGCAUGAUUAACACAGUCAUCCAGCACACAGCAAGUCAGUACAACUGUCUGUUUGUCCAUAAUCGGACACACACUCACACAAAAAUAAUUUGUAAUAGAAAGAGCAAGGCAUUAGCUUCUAUUAUUUUCAUUUAUUAAAUUGUUAGAGUCCCUUAAUGGCAGUUUGGUCUUUCUUGUGCGUGCCGAAAAUGGGAAGUGUUGUAUUAUAAUCCCAUGUGAUGUUUAAUUUUGAGGUGCUAUGAGAUAGACAUGCAUUAUUUUUUUUAGCAUUAUUUUUGAUUUUAUAUGUCAGUAAUCAGAGAUGAAAAUGACAAAAAUAAAUAAAUCAGGUAAACAUCAACAUAGCCUAGGAUUUUGCCUUAUUUUCUGUGUUGUAAAAAAAUGGGGGAAAAAUGAAAACGGAAAAAGGCCUGCAGUGAUUUGUGGCAGUGGCUACGUCAGUGAAAGAACCAUUCUCUCUAUAAUGACUCCUCUUUCCUUCUCCUUCUGUAUGGGUGUGUGUGUGUGUGUGUGCGUGCGCGUGCGUGUGUGUGUGUGUGUGUCUGUGUGGGUGUGUGUGGUCUCUAUAGCUACAGCUCCUUCUAAACUUGCUCCUUUCCUCCUUAAGUACGGAUGUGCUCUAUAAAGCAGUCGGGAGGGAAAUGGGGCAUGUCAUUAUGGCAAAAGGUCAAGGAUAACUUACUCCAUCAACCCUUCCACUCAAAUAAAGCUACUCAGCUGGCCCGAUUUUUGUGACGCUAAUCCAUAACCCAGUGGGAUAUCCUUAGUACAAUUUUUGUUGUCAUGAUUUAAUAUUUGCCCCUGUCCUCUGAUAUGUCAGACUCCACACUGCUUUCUCUGCUUUGCCUAUUAACCAUAAUCUUGUGCAAGCUGUCACUGCAGUACCAGCUACCUUGAUUCAUCAGACAUGCUUAAAAGAAGCCGUGUUAAUGCAGAUAUCAGAAUAGUAAGCUCUAAUAUUAAAUAUUUAAUAUAUAACAGCAGUCUUAUAAUGUUAUUGUAUGGAAGUGAGGACUAACUACAGGUGCCUCCUUCCUUCAUUUUGUGUGUUUAAGGGAUUGCUCUUUCUUUACUGUUCCAUGACCUUUAAUUUUGUAUAAAAAUCUAUAUAUUGAGAAUAUUGUAUUAAGUUUUUAAAGAUGAAAAAGGAUAUCUCUUUCAUUGUUUCUUUUUUUUAAGAGAAUGUAUCUCAUCAUU